AUGAUUGGCUCCCGGCGCGCCUCUGGGGACGGGUUCAGCCUUUUGGGGUUACUUUUUGUGCUUGUCGCGUUUUGUUGUACAUUGUCAGCAAAAACCAAGCGGGACAAGGCUGGCUGGUUGGCGGUAAUGCGUGAUAUGACCGACGAGGAACAAGCUCCGAGCGGCCACCCGCAUCCAUUGAUUAGUCUAGCUGCAAAUCCUUUCGAUUUUCGAGGGGCUCCAAUAGUACCCCGAUUCUGCGAUGGAUUUCUGCUGCGUGUCAUCACUUAUCUGUCAGCCUGCGAUGAUGAUAGCUGGUUCCGGCCCAGCUGA